AAUAUCCUAAAUGACAGAUCUGAUAGACUGAUGAAACACAUCUCGUUCUCUCUCCCUCUCACUCUCACUCUCUAUCAUGAUUUGGCGUAAUCGAUGCAAAGCUCGAUUUGUUCCCGUAUCAGCAAUCUGUUGAUGUUUUCUUCUUCGAAAACACACUUAUUUCUUUUUUCUUUAGAAACAAUCGUUUCAACAAUCCGAUGAUCCCAGCCUAUGUUCGUCAGUUUUUGUUGUGAUUUGAUUGGAAGAGGAAGUGGCGGUGUUGCGAUGAAUCCAAAAUCGAUCGUGAAGAUCAAUGUAGCUGACUAUGCGACACCAAAUAUCGAGGUUGUUAAUUACAUCAUAAAACGUACAUUUGCGAUCCACCGACAAACUACUGGUUGGAACUACAACAACUUACCAGUGGACAUGAUUAUAUUCAUCCAAACAAUAUGUUCUGCCUUUUAGCUUCAUCAAUUCUUAUAAUCACCUGGCUCAAAUGAAAACCAUCUGGAGGUCAGGUGGUGAAAGAUGCAAAAGAAAAUAGUGAAGAGAAUCACUGAUGAAUUGGUUCAGGAAAUUUUAAAAGAUUUGGAAGAAAUUGUGUUGAAUAUUGAAGAGUUGAAAAAUGAUAAAUUGAAGAAAAUAUGGAAAUAUUGACACGAAGACAUGAAAACGCUUUGAAAUUUUGUAGC